AUGUCCGACACAGAGUCAGUAGCCGGGUCCAGCAGCUCCUGGACGGGAUCAGGAAGCAAGCAGGCCACGAACCUGGCUGAGAAUUACCAUCUGGCUCGGAGGCGAACUCUGCAAGUGGUGGUGAGCUCCUUGCUGACAGAGGCGGGCUUUGAGAGUGCCGAGAAAGCCUCGGUGGAAACCUUGACAGAGAUGCUCCAGAGCUACAUCUGGGAGAUUGGCAGGAGUGCCAAGUCGUACUGCGAGCACGCAGCCCGGACCCAGCCCACGCUGUCGGAUCUGGUGGUCACUCUGGUGGAGAUGGGCUUCAACCUGGACGCUCUCCCUGCUUAUGCCAAACGGUCUAAACGGAUGGUGGUCACCGCCCCUCCAGGGGCCAACCAGCCGGUGACCCCGAAGGCCCUCACUGCGGGGCAGAGCCAACCCCAUCCGCCGCACAUCCCCAGCCACUUCCCUGGGUUCCCCGAUCCCCACACCUACAUCAAAACGCCCACGUCCCGAGAGCCCGUGUCCGACUACCAGGUCCUGCGGGAGAGGGCCGCGUCCCAGCGGCGAGACGUGGAGCUGGCGCUCACCCGCUUCAUGGCCAAGACGGGCGAGACCCAGAGUCUGUUCAAAGACGAUGCCAGCACGUUCCCACUGAUCGCUGCCCGGCCCUUGACCCUCCCCUACCUGACAGCCCUGCUCCCAUCUGAACUGGAGAUGCAGCAGAUGGAAGAGACGCAUUCCUUGGAGAAGGACAAACAGACAGAGAACCUUCCUCCUCACAUCAGCACGGAUGACUCUGGAGCCCAGAAGACCACCACCUCGGUUCUGCAGCGGAAGCCCUCCCUGAUAGGGAGCCUGAUUGGGGUGAAGAAAGGCACUGUUAAUUCCUACCUUCGCCCCGUGAAGAAACCUAAGAUCUGCAGGAAGAAGUCUCUCUCGUGA